UAUUAUCACAUGUUCACAAUCACACUUCUCUCUCGGGUUAUAUAAGCCACCGGCGAGCCAACUUCCGGUAAAAAACCGGCCGGCGAUUCAACGCUCCGAGGAAAAAUCAAAUUUUAACCCACAAAGAUGGAGAACUCAACCCAAGGAUCGAAUCUCAGAUCCGAGAAUUCCGUGACCUAUGAGUCUCCCUACCCCAUUUUCGCCAUGGCCGUGUCCUCCUUCGCCGCCGCCCACCAUGGCCUCCGGCGACGCAGCGUCGCCGUCGGCAGCUUCCUCGAAGAGUACAAAAACCGGGUCGAAAUCCUCUCCUUCGAAGAAGAUACCGUCACUCUGAAAACCAACCCGGGGCUAGCCUUCGAUCACCCUUACCCUCCCACGAAGCUCAUGUUCCAUCCUAAUCCCACGGCGUCAAUGAAGUCCGCCGAUCUCCUAGUGUCCUCCGGCGACUACCUCCGUCUCUGGGAGGUUCGAGAAGCUUCCAUUGAGCCCGUUUCGACCCUCAACAAUAGCAAAACCAGUGAAUACUGCGCCCCAUUGACCUCCUUCGAUUGGAACGAGGUGGAGCCGCGGCGAAUCGGAACUUCAAGUAUUGAUACCACCUGUACCAUCUGGGAUAUCGAGAAGGGCGUUGUGGAAACCCAAUUGAUCGCCCACGAUAAAGAGGUUUACGACAUAGCCUGGGGGGAAGCCGGGGUUUUCUCUUCGGUUUCGGCUGACGGGUCGGUUCGGAUCUUCGAUCUGAGAGACAAAGAACACUCCACAAUCAUAUACGAGAGCCCCCAACCCGACACCCCAUUGCUCAGGCUGGCUUGGAACAAGCAAGAUUUAAGGUACAUGGCGACAAUAUUAAUGGACAGUAACAAAGUUGUAAUCUUGGACAUCAGGUCACCUGCAAUGCCGGUGGCUGAGCUGGAGAGGCACAAUGCUAGUGUGAACGCCAUUGCUUGGGCUCCUCAGAGCUCCAGGCACAUCUCUUCUGCCGGAGAUGAUGGCCAGGCGCUUAUCUGGGAAUUGCCCACAGUUGCAGGCCCAAAUGGGAUUGACCCCAUGUCAAUGUACUCAGCUGGGGCUGAGAUUAACCAGCUUCAAUGGUCUGCUGCUCAGCCUGACUGGAUUGCCAUUGCGUUUUCUAACAAGCUUCAGAUGCUAAAAGUGUAAGGAGAUGAUAAAGAUUGCACCUUUACUAGGUUGUAGCAGUGGUAGUUAAUGGGUUAGUUAUGUAUUGUUAAGUAGUGUUGUUUGGUAUGUGUCUGUAAUUGGUUAUCUGUUAAUGGGUUUGUUGAAUGUUGGAACACUUGUAUUACUCCCCACUUGAUUAAUAUAAUUUCUUGAAUAUGAUUA